AUGCUUCUAAACCGGUGUUGGACACACCGCAUCUCUGCUGCACCCAUCGGCAUCCGUGUCCGCUGUUACAGCUCUAAUAACCAUGGAAUAACUCUCGACCAACCAAUCCAAUCCUACAUAUCUCGGAGUUCGGACCCCUACAUCAACCUCUCAAUCGAACACUACCUUCUCCAAAAAUCACACCCGGACUCUUCGAUCCUGUUUCUCUAUGUCAACCGACCCAGUGUCAUCAUCGGACGCAAUCAAAAUCCAUGGAUGGAAGUAAACCUUGGUCUUCUGAACGCCGCAUCAACACCUGCCAAUUCGCCAUCGAGGAUUGAAAAUGAACCUCCCGGCUUGGGAGAUGUGGAUCUAGUGCGCAGACGCAGCGGCGGCGGUACUGUUUUCCACGACGGUGGAAAUGUAAACUGGACUGUCAUUUCACCCGCCGCAACAUUCACACGAGACAAACAUGCAGAAAUGGUGACUCGAGCCUUACGCUCCUGCGGUGUCUCUCGCUCCAGAGUCAAUGAACGGCAUGAUAUCGUAUUAGACCAAGGAACUUCCGAUUUCUCUGGUACAUGGGGAUCCGACGAAAACACACACUCCACACCCUGGCAAAGCGAUACCAUCCGCCCGUUGAAAGUUUCUGGGUCGGCGUAUAAACUUACCAGAGCUAGGGCUUUACACCAUGGUACCGCGUUGCUGAAUUCGCCGAAUUUACACACCAUCCCUAGUUAUUUGAGGAGUCCGGCGAAAAAGUUCAUCAAAGGGAGGAGUGUGGAUAGUGUUAGUUCGCCGGUUGGAAAUAUUUUACUUGGGAAUGAGGAGUUUAUUGAAAAUGUGCAGAGGGAGUUUGGAGAAUUGUAUCGGGGUACUGGGAAGGCGGUGGGGUUGGGGGAGGAGUGUCUUGAGAUUGAGGAGGUGAAGAAGGGGCAUGCAGAGUUGACGAGUUUGGACUGGACGUAUUUGCAAACGCCACAAUUCACCUUCUCAGAUCUGCCAUUGAAGCCAGAACAGAAGGAAGGAGAGAUCGAUUACUCGGAUGCCAAGGUAUGUUCUCUUCCUCCUCAACACGGUCUCCAGUUCUCCUAUUGA